AUGCUUCGUUACCCCUUUAUGCGGUGCGUUAGAGGGAGUGGCGUAAGUGUCACCACAGAUAUUCUUUAUUCCUCUUUUUGGAGGAAUUGCAGUACGCUUACUAACGCUUCCUCAGACAGUUCUGUUCACCCAGACCUCAUUGAAGAACUAAAAGAACUUCUGGAGCGUGUUCCCGCUGAGAAGUGGAUCCCGGUUGGAACGCUCUACAACGAUCUCUCUCUCGAUAGCCGCAGACGCCAUGUCCGACCGCAUAAAACACUCGCAGCGGCAUUAUCGAAAGCUACUGGGCUUGGUGUGCAUUUGAAUCAAACGGGUCUCAUGUUUUGCAAGGGGAUUCCACCAAAAGAGAUUGAUGUACCGUCAAGAGAGACAACAGAUCAGACUUCUAAUACUACUCCCUGCAGUGGUGAUAAGGAGGGUGCGGGUGUUUGUGGUUCCAGUGGCAGCGGUGCCAGUUCAGAACAAGCAGCUGGGGUUUUUAUGCGACCCACGGAAAGGGUAACGGUGGAUACUUCCAGUGAUAUACCGCCUGUGGAUUUCUAUUAUGAUGUUGGGCUUCGAGAUUAUCCUCCCCCACCCCCGGACUUCGAUGUAACCGCAUCAACGUUGCCUUCUCCAACAAUGAUGGGGAAUGGGGCGAUUCUCUCACUUAGUAGUUUUGUUUCGUACAUUCCACCAUUCUUUGUGCCGCUGGGAGAAGUUCUGAAGGAGAUGCCUGGAUACACGGAGGAGCACAUUGAAAGAUAUUUUCAGCAUCGUGCCUCAGAAGUAGUCACAGUGGCUGGGCGAAAAUAUAUUCGGCUUUAUGGUGGUUAUGCGAAGUUUCCAUUGGACGGUUGUGAAGUGGCCGAAGAGCGUUUUGAACGAUAUAGGCCUGAUCCCCUCGUACUAAAGCCAUUUAUUGACUCCUUUGGAGGCAUUACGGGGCGUUGGAUGCCACUUCGGAUUCUGUUAGAUCGUGCAGGACAUGCGGCGGUAGAGAAGUUGCCAUUUAAGGGGCCUGCUUCCAUUAUUUAUUUUGCCCAAAUGCAACACGUUUUUGCUUUUGCCGUUGACCGUGACGGGGGCUCGGUGCUUCUGCGUCCACCGGGUUACGAUGGCCUUGAGUGUGAGACGACACCGACCCCAAAGAGUUGUAACUGCAUCCUUCGUCUGGUUCCACAGGACGGACAGGUGGAUAUUCGCCACAUUGAAGAGUCCAUCCCUGUCUCGGUUCAGGAGGAGGUGAAAAUAUUUUACGGCACGCUUCUGCAAUUUUUUCGGUUUCAUGCCGCCGUCUUUUCUCUCUCUGCAGAUGGCUCUGUGGUUAUGCGGCGUAGAUUUAAGGAUCGUAUUGACAAGGAUCAGUUGUCCCUGGAGGAACAGCUGGCUAUUGCCAUCAGUGAACGGAACAAAAAGAAGAUUCGCUCCCUCCGACGCCGCAUUGCCUUCCGGAAUGAUCCAUCGAACCCCUUUCACGACCCCGACAACCUCGCGCGGGAGCUUCAUCGUUAUCUUCCCAAGAAAGGCCAUGUGCCACUCAAAACGUUUCUCAAGAAAAACGUGCCGGAGGAAUUGCUGAAUUACCUGCCGCGUAGAUUUUGGAAUUUCUUCAACAACUACCCGCAAUACUUCCAACAUUUUGAAUAUCAGGUGGCGGGGCAGUGGUGUAUUUGCCAGCCGGGUCUGCCAUUACCGCGUGGCGUCAUUCGGCAAGAAUUCUCAGAGGAAGACCUUGUUCGGUUGGUAGCCGAAUUUCUUCAGCAGCGUGGACCAAAGGCAUGCUCAACUAUUAUUCUUCACAUCCCGCGUGGAGCGCAGGAGGCUGUGCGGAAGCGUUACGGUGGUGUAUUUUACCUUGUGCAGGCAUUUCCACAGUACUUUAAUGUUGUAUUGCCUGCCGAAACGGGUAAUGUUGUAAGCAUGGCGAUGGUACACCUAGUGGAGCUGCCUGGUGCGGAGUUCACAGGCAGGAGUGGGCCAUCGAAUGCUGUGGUGGAUAAGGAGGGAGGGAAAUGGGAUGAGAACGAAGAUAUUGACGACGAGGAGGAGGACGAAGACGGAGCGUUGGCGACCUCACGGUAG